AUGGUUUAUGGACGUAGCAUCGCUAUCGGUGGCUGUCUGCUGCUUUUGGUCAUUACACUUUCGGCAAUAAUAUUCUAUUUAAGUUUAGGACCCUGUCCGCAGGGUACCUUCGCCUGCGAUGGGAGUACGUUGUGCGUGCCGCAGCGACAAAUUUGCGACAAUCGCACAGAUUGUGAGGAUGGCAGCGACGAACACCCGGUCGAGUGUGGCCUACUUUAUGGCAGUAAGGCGCUGACCGAUAAAAUAGUCGGCAAUGCAAUUGAACGACGCCGUCAACAACAACAACAAUAUCCGCAAAGCAAAUCUACUCACGGCGGGCGCAAAGGCACGUCCGGUGAAUUGAUAAAUGCUACAUUGACUUAUUUAUUCAUUGCAGAAAUUUCAGCAUAUCCAAAAGGUAUUUGUACCUGCCGACAGCGUACAAUUUUGUAUUGUGGACGCAAGGCGAAAUUAACGCGAAUACCGCGCUUAAGUGCAGAGGUGACGCAUCUGAUGAUCGGCCGCAGUAAUUUGACGCUGCGUGAAAAUGCCUUUAUUGGGCUGAAACACUUACAAAAGCUCUCACUGAAGCAUUGCAACAUAUCGCACAUGCCGCUAGGCACUUUCAAUGGCCUACAUCAGUUGGAGAAGCUGGAUGUGCGGCAUAACAAUAUCAGCACAUUGUCAGCUGGCAUAUUUGGAGGCCUGAACUCGCUCGUAUGGCUCUUUCUCAUCUCAAAUCAAUUGCGUGAGUUGCCGUUGGCGCAAUUCGUGGACAUGCCACACCUCGAAUGGUUAAUGCUGAGUGAUAAUUUGCUCACACUGCGUAACGAGAAAUUUCCGCACAUGCAGCGGUUGUAUGAAAUCUAUUUGGAUUCAAAUAUCAUUGAAUAUAUAUCGGAGGAAAUGUUUACAAAUCUUGCUAAUUUGAAUUUAUUAGAUCUCAAUGACAAUCGUAUUACCCACAUACAUCCGAGAGCGUUUUGGGGCCUAAAUGACAUCAGAGAUAUCCGGCUGAUUGGAAAUCCUUUAAAGGAGUUAUCUGGUGAAGUGUUUCUGCGAAGUAGUUACCUUGAAGCACUCUCCCUUAGCCAUACACCAUUAUUUAUUAGCCAACAGUUAAUUGGAUCACUAAAUAUUUCAUAUCUCAAUUUGACGGGCAUACACUUUGAUCACAUCGAAUUCGCUGCCAUCAAUCGCAUGAUCAAUCUGAAGUACAUUGUCUUUGAUCGUUUUUAUUUCUGUUCGAUGACACCGCAAGUUCGUAUGUGUAAGCCGAAUAGUGAUGGUGUCUCGUCGUUUCGCGAUCUACUAAGUAAACCGGUACUACGCUACUCCGCGUGGAUAAUGGCCUUUGUGACGGUAUUAGGUAAUAUAAUGGUACUUUGGGGACGUUUCAUCUAUCGUGAUGAGAAUAUCGCUGUUACCAUGGUUAUACGUAAUUUGGCAUUGGCCGAUAUAUUAAUGGGAUUUUAUUUGAUAACAAUCGGUGUGCAGGAUUACCGUUAUCGUAGCGAGUAUUACAAAGUUGCACUCGAUUGGAUCACCUCUUGGCAGUGUGCCGCCAUCGGUUCUCUCGCCGUCACUUCAUCUGAGGUCUCCAUGCUAAUACUCGCCUUCAUGUCAUUCGAACGAUUUCUACUAAUCGCCGAUCCGUUUCGCAGUCAACACCGUAUCGGUAUUAAAAAUAUUUUUAUUGCCCUUUUGAUUAUUUGGUUGAUGGGCGUGGGCAUUGCUGUGGCGCCAGUUGCACUUUGGCAUUCAAGUACGAAAUUCUACGGCACCUACUCGGGCACCUGCUUCCCGCUACACAUACAGGAACCCUACCCGUUGGGCUGGCAAUAUUCAGCGUUCAUCUUCUUGGGCGUGAAUUUAUUUUUACUACUGAUGAUUGCCCUACUCUACACAGCAUUGCUCAUCUCCAUUUGGCGUACACGUAAAGCCACGCCACUUUCCCUGCUCGAUUGCGAAUUUGCUGUGCGUUUCUUUUUCAUUGUACUAACAGAUGUGCUGUGUUGGGCGCCUAUUAUUGCUGUAAAGAUUUGGGUAUUCUUCAACUAUAACAUUUCGGACGAUAUCUACGCCUGGCUGGUUGUCUUCAUUUUGCCACUGAACUCCGCUGUCAAUCCGCUGCUGUACACAUUCACCACACCGAAAUAUCGCAAUCAAAUACUCUUACGCGGCUGGAAGAAAAUAACAGCGCGACGUCGCGCUGAACCCUCCAACGGCUUGGCUACGACAAUUGCAACUGCUACGGCAUCAUCUAAUCCGGACGAAUCUUCGGGCAAAGCCAUACCACUCACGGUGAAUCAUUAGAAGCAGCUACUGCGUAC